AUAGACCAACGGGUGGGAGAAAGGAUGCAGAAGUAAGUGGCUCUACUGAUCUAGCCACAUUAACUUAAUUAUUCACCGCUGCUGUUCUCUCCGUGUUCGUUUUGAAGAAAAGGUUGAAUAUGGUGAGGUAAUUCUCCCUGAGGCUUUCCCUCUCUUCUAGUUGCCAUUGCAAAAACACUCCUCUGCAUGGAAGUUGGAAGUUGCGCCCCUAGCUUUUCUUUCGUAAGCCCUUUGGAGGUUGAAACUUGCCUUUUCGCACAUUCCAGCUCCUCUGACUCCAGAGGAAGCAGCGCCUGCGCCUUCGGAACCGUUGCCAUAUCCUUUUUCUCCUUUGCCAACGCUUCAUCGGGACCGUAAAGAGUCCACAACGAGCAUCGCUCCUCGUAGCUUUCUCUCUUUGGAAAAAGCCAUUUUGUCAACCGGACGGGCAGCCCUUCCUCCCGAGCCUGCGUCACCCCCGUUAUUUUGCGAUGGAUCUUUCGCGGGUUUGGCACCUGGUUGCUGUGUUUUGCUUGACCUGCGUGCUGAUCAAAAUUAUCCAGUUGCAUCGCCGAAGACAGGCGCUGCUGAAAGCUCUGAACUGUUUUGCCGGGCCUCCUCCCCAUUGGCUUUAUGGUCAUAUACUUGAGUUUUCAUCUAUUUCUGCAGUUUACAGAAAUAUAGAGAAAUGGAGUUGUCUGUAUCCAUUUGCCUUUCCUCUGUGGUUUGGCAGGUUCAUUGCAUUUUUGAAUAUCACUCAUCCUGAUUAUGCAAAACCAAUACUUGCUCGAACGGAACCAAAAGAUAAUUUUGGUUAUCGGCACAUGGUCCCAUGGAUUGGGAAAGGUUUAUUGGUCCUGCAUGGACCCAAAUGGGCACAACAUCGAAAAUUGCUAACUCCAGGUUUCCACUUUAGUGUAUUAAAGCCAUAUGUGCCCCUGAUUGCAGACUCUACAAAAGUGAUGUUGGAUAAAUGGGAACAACUGAUCAUGCAGGAGAAAUCAGUGGAACUCUUUGAACAUGUGAGCUUGAUGACACUUGAUAGCAUCAUGAAAUGUGCCUUUGGUUAUAACAGCAACUGUCAAACGUACAAGGAAAAUUCUUACGUUCAAGCUGUCUUUGAGCUUUGCUUCUUGAUAUAUGCCAGGAUGCAAUACAUUGUAGGUUACAGUGAUCUUCUAUAUUGGUUCAGUCCCCAUGGAUUUCGGUUUCGGAAAGCCUGCCAAGUUGCUCACCUUCAUACAGAGAAAAUAAUCAAGGAAAGAAAGGAAUCUUUGAAGGUUGAGGAAGAACUUCAAAAGAUCCAGGCGAAGAGGCACUUGGAUUUUCUUGACAUUCUUCUCUGUGCCAAAGAUGAAAAUGGCAUUGGAUUAUCUGAUGAAGAGGUACGUGCUGAAGUGGACACUUUCAUGUUUGAAGGUCACGACACCACAGCUAGCGGGAUCUCUUGGCUGCUGUAUUGCCUUGCACAAAAUCCUGAGCAUCAGGAAAGAUGUAGAGAGGAGAUAAAAUCCAUUCUGGGAGAUCGUGACACAAUCGAGUGGGAUGAUCUUAAUAAGAUGACUUACUGCACCUUAUGCAUUAAAGAGAGUCUCCGCCUUUAUUCUCCGGUACCUGGAGUCUCCCGAGAAUUAACCAAACCUGUUACAUUUUUUGAUGGGAAAACUCUACCUGAAGGCACCUGGGUUGUGAUAAGCAUUCAUCUUAUGCACAAGAACCCCAGUAUAUGGCAUAAUCCGGAGGUGUUUGACCCACUGAGAUUUUCUCCUGAGAACUUAUCCAGCAGACAUUCUCAUGCUUUUAUUCCGUUCGCUGCUGGGCCAAGAAACUGCAUUGGACAACAGUUUGCCAUGAAUGAAAUGAAAGUGGUUCUUGCUAUGACUUUGCUUCGAUUUGAAUUGUCACUUGAUUUGUCAAAGCCUCCGCCUGUUCCAGUGCCUCUGAUUGUCUUGCGCUCUGACAACGGAAUUCAUCUUUGCUUGAAGAAACUGGGGUGAACCUAUAAUUAAUAGAGGAAAUAAUUCAUGUGGGGAGCAGGGAAGGACUUCUGUAGAAUUUUCUCAUCUAGCCAGGUGCCCUGUACAUGUUUUGAGAUUAUAAUUCCCAGAAUACUUCUGUUGCUCUUCAAAAAAUAUUGAGACUUUAAUCAUGGUGGCUGGGAAUUAAAAUACUAAUACCUCUGGGUCUGGGGACUGCUAAUUUACUGAAAAUGGGAAGUAGAAUAUAGAAAUUAUAGAAUGAUAUUUGCAAAUAAUUACCAGGAAGCAUAUUUUCUCUUGAUGAAAGGUUGAAUGGCCAAGAUAUCUGGUUUCAUCUACUGUCAGUUCAUUUUUAGAUUAACUACAACACUAAAAAGUUUCACCCAGUAAUUAAUCCACUGUGGGUUUUUUUAAUUAGUGUUUGCAUGUAGUCAUGAAUUACAGUAUGGGAAGAUAAAAGAUCAACACUUGGGUGGCCUUGUAACAUCCAACUACAAGCAUCUUGUUAUAGCAAUAGUACUUAAGAUUUCUAUAGCGCUUCACAGUGCUUUACAGCCCUCUCUAAGCGGUUUUCAGUGUCAGCAUAUUGCCCCUACAAUCUGGGUCCUCAUUUUAAUGACCUCGGAAGGAUGGAAGGCUGAGUCAACCUUGAGCCUGAGAUUCGAACUGCCAAAUUGCAGGCAGCCUGCAGUACUGCAUUGUAACCACUGUACCACCAUGGCUCUUAUAGUGCCCAAAGCACGCGCAUGCGCCCAAACCCCCAAAAUGCAAUGCGUGCACUGCCCCCGCACAUGCACCCUGUCCCCUGCAUGUGUGUGCGCCCCCCCGCACGCAACCCUCGCACCGCGCAUGUGUGGCAGAGACCCGAAAACCAGUUGGCUGGCAGGAGACAUGCGCGCAUGCGCAGCAGAACUGAAUUGGGGUGACGGCUCACGUGCCAUCAGAGAGGGCGCUGCGUGCCACCUCUGGCACGCGUGCCAUAGGUUCCCCAUCACAGGUCUAUAGUUAUAGACUUUGGCUGCUUUCAGCAGAGAAAUUACUCUUUAAUUUUUUUCUUCUCAUGUGAUAAGCAGCAGUGUAUGACCUUUCUUGAUGUAGGCCAGUUCUUUCAGUCACUCAUAUUGUAGAGUAAUUCAGCUCCAAGUUGGGCUUGGAAGCCAAGACAGAAUAUAUGCCUCUGGGAUUCUAGUACUAUUAUAUAAAAUAUGAUCACAGUUUUUGAUUAUUAAAAAAAAAUCAUUUGUAACUAAAAUUUCAUGCUUUGUCCAUACUGGAUAUUAUUAAACUAAUUGUAUCAAACCAUAA